UUGACAGCAGCCGGCGGAGCGGCUCCGCAGCCGAGGGCCGAGGGCCGCCGGGUGAGAGGGCGGCUGCUGGAGCGCGGGGCGAGGACCGCCGGGGAGCACCCGGCUCGGCUCGGGCCGCCGCGGGCGCGCGUCACCAUGCUGCUCCCGCAGCUCUGCUGGCUGCCCCUGCUCGCCGGGCUGCUGCCGCCCGCGCCCGCGCAGAAGUUCUCGGCGCUCACGUUUUUGCGAGUUGACCAAGACAAAGACAAGGACUGCAGCCUGGAUUGUGGGGGCUCCUCUCAGAAGCCCCUCUGCGCGUCCGACGGCAGGACCUUCUUGUCUCACUGUGAGUUCCAGCGCGCCAAAUGCAAGGACCCUCAGCUAGAGAUUGCUUAUCGAGGAAAUUGCAGAGAUGUAUCCAGGUGUGUGGCCGAGAGGAAGUACACGCAGGAGCAGGCCCGGAAGGAGCUACAGCAGGUGUUCAUCCCGGAAUGCAACGACGACGGCACCUACAGCCAGGUGCAGUGUCACAGCUACACCGGAUACUGUUGGUGCGUCACACCCAACGGGAGGCCAGUCAGCGGCACAGCCGUGGCCCACAAGACACCCCGGUGCCCUGGUUCCAUAAAUGAAAAGCUACCCCAACGAGAAGGCACAGGAAAAACAGUCUCCUUGCAAAUCUUUUCCGUUCUGAAUUCAGAUGAUGCGUCAGCUCCAGCGCUGGAGACCCAACCUCAAGGAGACGAAGAAGAUAUUGCAUCACGUUACCCCACGCUUUGGACCGAACAAGUUAAAAGUCGGCAGAACAAAACCAAUAAGAAUUCAGUGUCCUCGUGUGACCAGGAGCAGCAGUCAGCCCUGGAAGAAGCCAGGCAGCCCAAGAAUGACAACGUGGUGAUCCCCGAGUGUGCCCAUGGAGGCCUCUACAAACCGGUGCAGUGCCACCCCUCCACUGGCUACUGCUGGUGCGUCCUGGUGGACACUGGACGUCCCAUCCCUGGCACGUCCACCAGGUAUGAACAGCCGAAAUGUGACAACACAGCCAGGGCUCACCCAACCAAAACCAGGGAUCUGUACAAGGGCCGCCAGCUCCAAGGUUGUCCUGGUGCCAAAAAGAAUGAAUUUCUGACAAGCAUCUUGGACGCGCUCUCUACCGACAUGGUGCAUGCAGUCUCUGACCCCUCUUCCUCUGGCAGGCUCUCAGAACCCGACCCCAGCCACACCCUCGAGGAGAGGGUGGUCCACUGGUACUUCAAGCUACUCGAUAAGAACUCCAGCGGGGACAUUGGCAAAAAGGAGAUUAAGCCCUUCAAGAGAUUCCUUCGGAAAAAAUCAAAGCCCAAAAAGUGCGUGAAGAAGUUUGUCGAAUACUGUGACGUGAAUAACGACAAAUCCAUCUCCGUGCAAGAGCUGAUGGGCUGCCUCGGGGUGACGAAAGAAGAAGGUAAAGCAAACGCAAAGAAGCACCCUACCCCUAGAGCUAAUGCUGAAAGCGCCUCUAAUAGACAGCCAAGGAAGCAAGGAUAGUGGCUCACACAUCCCAGGCGGUUCCUAGACAUGUGGGAGACUCCCUCACCAAAAAGCAAUUAAAAACAAAAACAAACACAUAGUA